AUGAAAGUCAAGGGAAUUGAUAUUGGAAAGAGUGAUGGUCGAUUUAAUUGUAGAGGUCAAUCGAGUUGCACUGGAAGGCAUGGCCGUGGUCGUGAAGAUGCUGCUGCAGACCACCAGGCAACGACCUGUGCUGGCUGCAAGGGCGCAGCUAUCUCGCACAACCAUCGUUACCUCUUUUCAGGGUUACAGUAUCCGUGUCUGCUGCAACCUGUUCACGCUAAACUAGCCCACUCCGAGUCUUCGAGAGGACAAGGUCACGGACGAGGACGAGGGCGCUGGCGUGACGACCGCCGUCCUCCUCCCCGCCUUUUGCGCACAAAUGAUGGCAAAGACGUUCCCCAGCUGACAGGAGAAGGCGUGUACGGCCUUCACAGCGUGCGUCAGGCGCUCGAGAGUGGUCACCGACACGUGCAUGCUCUGUAUGUGAGGGAGGAGGUCGAGCGACAGCGCCCGAUCAAGAAGAGUGCGUCAGACGUGCGAGCUCUGAGUCGCGUCAAGGAGCUAGCACAAGAUAAUGGGGUGCCGAUCCACACAACGAGCAAGUGGAUGCUCAAUCACAUGACGGGGGACAAACCGCAUCAAGGUGUGGUCUUGGAUGCUGCUCCACUUCAACUCAGCGAGUUUGUCCCGGUGAAACCGUCAGAUCUGGACGAGUCCAAGCGGUCUCCGGUGAUUUUGGCCUUGGACGAAAUUCACGACCCGCAAAACUUUGGAGCGAUCCUUCGGUCUGCACAUUUCUUGGGCUGUGCAGCGGUCAUCGUGAGCGAUCGCAACAGUGCUCCGUUGUCUCCAGCUGUCUCCCGUGCGUCAGUGGGAGCAUUGGAAGUCCUGGUCGCCAAUGAUAAACUGCUGAUGGUGCAAAAUUUGCAUGAGACCCUUGCGAUCAGCGGCGACCUCGGUUGGCGUAUUAUUGGCGCCAGUAGCGGACCGAACUCCAUCAUCUCCACCAGACUGUCCUCAGAUGAUUCCCAACCUACGAUUCUAGUCAUGGGUAACGAACAUCACGGUCUCCGUAAAAGCAUCCGUCAAUGCUGCCAGGAUAUUGUCAUUAUUCCAGGACAAGCUGUAGAAGACGAUACGCGCGUGGACUCACUCAACGUCAGCGUUGCGUCAGCGAUCCUGCUGUACGAGCUCCUGCACCACUAG